AGUAAUAAAAAAAUCAAUUCGAAUUAGGGAAAGCUUCAGUUCAGUCGACUUCUCCGAUUGAGCAGUUUCAGUCGACAUCUCCGAUUUUCCAUUCUCUUCGAUGACAGUGAAGGCGGUGAGCAGGGGGUGACGGCAAGCCGGAUUCUGAAAGAGUUCGACGGCGAGUGCGACGCUGGGUAAAGGAAGAAGUAGGGUGUUGCAUCUCUUCGUCGAUUGUGAUUCGCGGAAAAGGGGAUUGAGCUCGUCGAUUGCAUAGACUGGGAUUUUGUCGACGGCAACGGAGGCAAUAGCCCCAUUUCCACCUUCGAAUUGUUUCUCCCUAGAAAGGUUUUCACCGACGGCAACGGAGGCAAUAGGCCCAUUGUCAGUUUUAUUGUCGGAUGAGCUCGAUCGUUUGAGCCCCAUUGUCAGUUAUCGCAGCCCCUUGCAUCUCCGCCAUUGGUUGCUGUCGUCGUUACAGGUCGCCCUAGGCUUUUGAUUGCAGUUCGCGAAAUAAGCAGAGGGGGAAAAACCAAAGCAGAAAGAGAUGUUCUUUCUGAGUCUGAUAGAGCACAAACUGCAUUUGCCACCUGCUGGUCUAUCGCUUCCUCUCCAUGAAGGCAUGAAGAAAUUUCUUGAUGGUAUCUUCUUAGAUAAGGUUAUCUUGAACUUGGGACUCUGUGUGUCCAUCUAUGACAUUAGAAAUAUAUAUGGCGGCUUCAUUCGUGCCGGAGAAGGUGCUCCAACCUACACUGUAAAAUUUAGAAUGGUGGUAUUCCGGCCUUUUACAUGAGAGACUAUUGUUGCCAAAAUUAUAGAAUCUGAUAAGGAUGGUCUUCGAUUAUCGCGUGGAUUCUUUGAUGAUAUCUAUGUGCCAGCUCAUCAGCUUCCCCAACCAUGCCAUCAAAUUCCAGAUCCUGAUCGUAGAUUUAAAGUCAGAUGGAUAUGGGAAUACGACAUCGAAGAUACAUGAAACCCAGAACAGUAUAACAUCAACGGCUUGGAUGAGGUUAAACUUCAAGUCCUGAAUGUGAGCUUCCCACCACUUCCAAUUGAGCAUCGAGAGAAGACUUUUGCUCUGAUGCCUAUUACUGGAUCCAUAUCUGAAUGUGGUUUGGGGCCGGUUUCAUGGUGGUGAUUGAAAAGGGUUCAGAACUUGAAGAAACUAAGGAUUUUUUGCAAUGACAUUAUCAUAAAAGCACUGGGGAAUUCGGCUUUGAGGGAGGACAAUAGAAGUGUUAGAGAGUAUAAUGUUUUUGGGACUUUAGAGUAUGGUCCAGAGUCGUUUGUAUCUAGGUUGCCUUUGCAGGAAGAUUGGAUGGCCUAGCCUAAUGUCAUCGGAAUGUUCCAAGUAGAAACUGCAUAAAAAACUUAGAGAAUGCUAGCUCUAUUCCUACUUAAGUCAUGACAUGUUGUUUCAAUUUGUAAGCAAUCUAUGCUAUGAAACAGCCACAUUUUACGGGUAUGAGAUUUUCAACUCCAAGCCCGUGAUAAUGACUAGGAUUUAGCGAGUAACAUGUACAAAAAAUUUACUUCAAGUUAAUUUCAAUAUUUACAAAUUUUAUGUGAUGGUCA